GAUGGCCGCAUCCCAAGCCGGCUGGCCUCCAUUUCCAGCACAAGUACUUCUCCUGCCUGUUACUGAUCUUCCUCAUCGAGCUCGUGGCUGGGGUCUUGGCCUACGUCUACUACCAACGGCUGAGCGACGAGCUGAAGCAGCACCUGAGCCGCACCAUGACGGAGAACUACAGGCAGCCGGGGAAGGAGCCCGUCACGCUGGCCGUCGACAGCCUCCAGCAGGACUUCAAGUGCUGCGGAAGCAACAGCUCCAGCGACUGGCUGUUCAGCGCCUACACGGCCUUGCCGGAUGCGGAGGGCAGAGUGGUCCCAGAUAGCUGCUGCAAGACCGUGACUCUGCACUGCGGGCGCAGGGACCACCCCUCCAACAUCUACAAGGUGGAGGGCGGCUGCAUCACCAAGCUCGAGCGGUUCCUCUCCGAUCACCUCUUGAUCAUUGGGGCGGUAGGAGUCGGGGUGGCCUGUCUGCAGCUGGUUGGAGCUCUCCUGACUGCCUGUUUUAUCUAUCUGCUCUAUAAAGAAGAGGAGGAAGACUUCUCGUACGUGUGAUUGUUCUGCCUGCGUGCGGGUCGGCACGACGGGGACGGGCCCAGGUCUGUGGAAUGAUUUUCUUACUCGUUGCCUGUACAGAAGAUCUAAGUUGGAGGCGUCCUGAAGAAUCCGGCACCUCUGUGUCUCUCAGGGCCAUGAAUUACCUCCUGGUAUCGAUCGUCACGUUUCGAUCGUCACGUUUCGAUCGAGCUUCUCGUCUGCAGGUUUUUCUUCACCAUUGUGCCGUUCACUUAUUUAUCGCUUAAUAUUUAAUGAGGCCUUUUUUAAUAGCUCUUUGAAUACUUAUAAAUAUCAGUGCUGGAUUCUAUUCUUUGUCCAAGCUUGGCUCGUCUUAGCAACAGUGCCGAUCGCAAUAACGUGGUGACCACAUUGCGGUUAAUACCCAAAACCACACUCUUUGUUGUUCAAAGAGGAUUCAGCAACCCAUGGUUGUGUAAUCAAAAGGUCCGACACAAGAACACAGUCAUGGAAUCAAGGGAAUCAAGUGUGUUUAUUUGAUGGCUACGUCUCUGGCAGCUCCAUGUGCAUGUUUAUUAGUUUUUAAUCACUAUCUGAGCUUACAGUACACGCUUAUCAUUUCAAAAUUGAACGAUCAAAAGUGAAACGUAACUAUUGCCGCAUAUCAUAGAUACUCGCAUUAGCUGGGCUGCUCUUUUCAUAUUUUAUGGUUUGGUUUGUUUUGUCACCCCUCCGAAUGUAAAACUUUAAAGGGAGGAUUUUCGAGGUUUUAAUCAGCUACAUAAGCCUUUCAUGUUAAUCACGAACAUUUGUGUUUGUUAUGGGAACAAAUACUAAACCAAAUUAAAUGAAUUUCUGAACAGGACCUGGAGAAUAAUGAGUUCUGGAAGGUAAAAUUAAAGGCAGAACUGAAGCUCAGUAUCAGCACAAAUCUCGCCGUGCCAGAGUAUACAGGCUCCUGGCAGAGUGCAUUAAAUAUGCCAUAUUUGCCUCUUGCCUGCCAGUUAGCCUCCUGCUACCAGAGACGUCAGGGCAUGUCAGUAAACACUGUGGUGAUCUGUACUUUACAAGUAAAGUAAGUGGAUUCUGAGGCUCGAGGCCUCACGCUCCUGUUGGGCGACGGCCAGCGUGGCAUGAAGCGUGAUAUGAUGGAGAUAACUCCGGAUGAGCAAAGUCCAGCUCGUCUCCAUUGGGUGCAGACGUGUGAGUCUCCUCAGGAGAAUGAACCCAGUCUUGGGUUAAUAGCCAUGACACCUCAGGCGGUCCCUACAUCUUAUUCCACCCUGUAGGUCAUCUGGAUUCCUUUCCAAGACUUUCGCCCCAUAAACCCCCCCAUAAAGAGUUUUAAAAGCCCACUUCUGUGGCCACACAAAUCCCCUGUACUUUCUUAUGGUGUCUAUACCACUGUUCUCUGUCAUUUUCUUCAUGCUCUGAUUAAUUUGCGUCUCUCCACAGCCCACAGCCCCCAGCCCCCCCGUCUCUGCCUCUCUCCCCCCAUCUCAAAUUUAUAUUGAAACUACUUUAACAGCAUGAAAUACAUGUGUUGCCAAAGCAUAGUGAUUUAUAUUCAUAAAAAUAAUAUUAAUAAACAGAAUAAAAUGGAUUAUA